AGCCCUUGAAAGUUAAUCUAUCAUUCCAGUCAAGCGUCGGACAUGAUACAUCUUAAUUCCAUGUUCGUGACCCCAAUUCUUCCUGGUUUCUGUUGUCAUUAGUUCGUAGUUGUUUCACAGCGCCUACUAUCGAGGAGACUCCGUAUGAUGACUUUUCCCGGGUAUCCCGAGUCAUGGUAUGUGAGGUACGUAGCGUAUAAUUUUACAUUUGACAUGGGAUAGAAAUGGAUUCUGACUUCAAUAUAAGUUGACUGUGGAAGUGUUCUACUUUACCACAAUAACUCUCCUGAUAUCUUCCUUUCGAUUUCCAGUGGUGCAGCUUCUGAUUGCCUCUUCCCCGCUGAUGUAUUAUGUUAUCUUCAAAGAUUUUCGAUUGUGCUUCCGCAACACAUCUGCUAAAAUGGAUAACGACAUGUCUCUUCAUUUCAUCCUGCUCUGCGUCUAUUAAUGACGUAUUUACAGUAAAGAAAGGGAUCGAUAAAGGUGGCUGUGACAAUUAUUCUGGCAACCUUACGGUCUGGUUCUCUGAAAUCCAAGAUUUACUUCAAGCAGGAAUUCAAGCUUUCGAUGAUGCUUUUGAUGUUGAAAUUAAUGACGCGGUUGCAUUGGCUACGUUAGACGGUUAUUUUGGACUGAGACCUUCUUCCAGUGACAACGAACGCGCAGGCGUCAAAAGUGGGUGCAAAACUUUCCUCCCUCUGAAAGCCAACUAGCCUAACCAAAUCAUUUUAUAUAGAAUAUUUGCAGCAAACAAGUGACUUCUGGGCAGGAACCCACCAAUUAAUCGCAGAUGGUAUAACUUCGAAGCCGUGGCUAUUCUGCAACAGUGAUUGGGAGCAGCCCGUCAAAAGAACGGACUUCACUUACCGGGUUGUCGCUGAGUCCGAAGCGGCUGGAUCGGAAAUUGUGGAGACAUUCAAGUCGGAUAAUGGUGAUAAUCAGGCAGUGAUAUUGACAGGAGUGGCUAUUCAAGAUGUCUAUAAAGAUAUGCUCUUUGACGAAGGUGACCCACCGAGACCGAAUGAACUCAUUCCUUACUGGUAAGUCCUAGCUCUAUUCCCCAAUGUUGUGCAGUUACAUUCUUAAUUCCAUUUUGAUCUCCAUAUAAUGUUAAAUCACGGCGCUUUGCGCUGGCACAUCUCAUGCUUGAUUGAUUCCGAUCAACUAAUAUAGAAUGCUGAAAUUAGGUCGCGCGAUCUUGAAGAGUACACCUUUCAACCAGUCUAUGGCGAUGAUCCCUUAAAAUCAACCUUUUGCGGGCUUGACACAUCCGAUGACGUGGACCAAAAUCUAGCCGGUACUGAUGACGAGACCAUACCGGCAAGCGUGACACUCUGUCCGUUAUCAUUCACUGCAGAACAAGGCAAAAGAACGUUGAAGUUCACCGAGCCAGAAAUCGGCAAUCCGGUGACAAAAUACAUCCCUCGAAGUGCAACACUUUUGCACGAGUCAAUACAUUUGGUCUUCGGUAAAAUUGACACGCCUGACGCCUCUUGUAUGCACAUUCUAAACAUGUUCCUUGCACCAAUCAAAGAUAAAAUGCUAACAAAAAUACGUUUCAGAUGAUCUUGAUGAAGUCAAGUUGGCGAUCAUACACCGGAAUACUAUUCCACUGACUACGUCUUUUGCGGAUCCCAACGGCAACAAUGAGAAAUCGCCUAAAAACUACGACGAGAAAAGUAAUAUUGAACUUGUUCGCAUGAACCCAGAAACCUUCGUUUGGUUCUGUGUCUCAUACUGGUAUUAUUUGCAGGAUCCUGAUCCGAAGGCCGUAGCUGUGGACUUCCGGUAUACCUUUCCAGCAGGCAUAGCACAGUGGGUCAGCAUUGAUGUCUAGCAUGAUCUGGCGAUAACGUAGAUGCGUACAUGCUAGCCACAAACCUAUGUCCGAGUCAAUGGUCAUAUGUAGAAUUUUCAAAGGAACAAUUCAGCCCAUCUGGUGUUUUCCUGAUGCAAGCUUUCAAUUUAACACAUCGUCGAUCGAUGCAGUGUGAGGUCUGGGAUUAACGCAAAAGCCCAACUAUUUUCCUUUACCAAACCUACUUAGAGUUCUCCUAGGUUGACCCUAAUAAGAUUGAAAUGUUCCACAAUCAUUUCCCGGCAAUCAUGAUCUCUUAGUCGCUGCUCGAAUUCCUCCUUGACGGGGAUUUGCUCAUUGCCAACAAUU